AUGCUGAGGACAGAGGAAACGAGGAACGGGACGGCUGUCCAGGAGUUUAUCCUGGAGGGCUUCCCCGCGGUGGAGCACCUGGGGAUCCUCCUCUUCCUAGUGCACCUGCUGGCCUACGUGGCUUCCCUCCUGGGCAACAUGCUCAUAAUCAGCAUCACCUGUGAGGACCGCCGCUUACAGACGCCCAUGUACUUCUUCCUCAGCAGCUUCUCCUUCGUGGAGUGUUGUUUCAUAACGACCGUCAUUCCCCAGCUGCUCGCCAUCUUCCUGUCAGGGAGGCAAACGAUUUCCUUUGCAGCCUGCUUCACACAAGCCUUUGUCUUUCUCUUCCUGGGGGCGACUGUUUUUUUCCUGAUGGCUGUGCUCUCCCUGGACCGGUACCUGGCCAUCUGCAAACCUCUGCAUUACCCCACCAUCAUGAGCCCAAGGGCCUGCUUCUUUCUCGUCGCCGUCUGUUUAGUUUCGGGAUUCCUCUUCAUGGGCGGCCCGGUCGUGAUGCUCUCCCGGUCGCUUUACUGUGGCCCCAAUGUUAUUCCUCACUUUUUCUGUGAUUUUGGACCACUGGCAAACCUCUCCUGUUCAGAGACCAGGCCUAUUGAAAUGCUGUUCUUUAACCUUGCUUUGAUUGUGCUCUUCACGUCCCUUCUUAUAGCCAUCUUUGCGUACAGCAAAAUAGUAGUCACAAUAGUGCGCCUCCCUUCCGCCAGGGAGCGACAGAGAGCCUUCUCCACCUGUUCCUCUCAUCUCAUCGUCCUCUCUCUCAUGUACGGCAGCUGUGUGUUCAUAUACAUGAAGCCAAAGCAGACAAGCAGGCUGGACACCAACAGAGAGGCCGCUCUUGUGAACACGGUGGUGACCCCCCUUCUCAACCCCGUCAUCUACACACUGCGGAACAAGCAGGUCCACCAGGCUCUGAGGGAUGUAAUGUCCAGGGUGAAAUCACACAGGAGGAGGAACGCACCUUCCCUUUAG